GAGAGAGAGAGAGAGAGAGAGAGAAAGAAAGAAAGAAAGAGAGUGAUUUUGGAGGGCAUUGAGAGCCAGAGGAAGAGAGAAAGAGAAGAGGAGGAGGUGGAGGAGAGAAUACAAGACAUUGGAGAACACUGAGAAACACUGGAGGACUGUAACUGUCGAAAUAAGUCGAGAAAAUACAAGACAACUUGAGGGAAACAAGGCAAGUAAAGUGGUGAAUGAGUUACAGCGAGAGACUCUGAUCCCAGACAUUGAGGAAUUCUACACACACCACUGCUUACCUAGUUCAUUCACAAAACAAACGCAGGAAAGACAGAGAGGAAGCUGGCUGAGAGAGAUGUUUGUAUGCUGCUCUGCAUAGUGCAGCAACAGACCAGUGAAACCAGGCAUGCAAGUCCCCCAAGAAGAAAGGAGAAGGAGGUUAUCCACAAACACCAACCCCCAGGAGGAGCAGCAAGGUAGAUAUCCUCCACAACAUCACUACGACCACCACAGAUGUCAGCAGUAGGAACCCUGAGGCAAAACCACAGCUCCACCAGAUCCUUGAGUGGAACAGGGGACAGAGGGCUCCUAGGGAAGGGGGUCUCGACAGAUGUGGAGGUCCCUGCGCAGGGCCCUGGGGUCGGCCCACGGGGGCUGCGUCCUCAGGUGGCUGGGGGUAAAGGUGUGCCGUAGGAGCACUUUGCUCAUAGUUCUGCUCUGGCUGGCCUCUUGGCUCUUUCUCAACAGCCUGGUGUUUGUUCACAGGAACAUGUUCUCUGACUUCUGCACCGACGACAAGAGCAAAAAGAUUCUGCAGAGGGUGUGUGACGAGUAUCAGCAGGGAGUACUGACCGGUGACCUCUGUGAAGACCUCUGUGUAGCCGGUCAAGUGGAAUACAAACACUGUCUCUUUUAUGAGAAUGGCAAAAAGGUCAUAGCCGCUAGCUGGCGUGGAGUGCCUGUAGUUCUCAAGUCUAAGCUGGAGAAUUUCUCUGCCUAUGAGGCUUUAGCUCUGUUAGAGUACCAGGAUGGAGCUGGAGGGAUGGGUGGAGAAGAAGAGCUCUCACCUCUGGAUGUCAUCUUCUAUGCCACCCUGGAGAUCAAGAACUCUCUUGGCUUGGAGACAGGAACGAAUUUGACUUUGCCUCGACUUUGGGGCCAGAGGCUGAAGGAAGAAGAGUGGACUUACUCGCGAGCAGAGCUGGCCUCGCUCUGGGCUCUGCUUCAACAGGAGGAGUACACAUUCCUCAGAGUACUACAGGAUUUAACCCACCAUGUAGCCAAGAUCCUGGGCUCUUGUGGUCAUUUUUAUGCUGUUGAGUACCUGGUGGCUGGACACACCUGGGACCAAAACAUCUUCUCUUUGGAGGAACUGUCACUAAGCCCCUCGCCGAGCCCCUGGAUUUGGGGGGAAAGGACGUUAACCGCAAGAGAUAUGGUACCCAGAGUGGCCCUGAGCUUUCUAGAGAUGGUGGAACAUUUUGACAAUGACUUUUCACACCGCUUGCACCUCUGUGAUAUCAAGCCAGAGAACUUUGGUAUCAGGAAGGACCUGACGGUGGUGGCAAUAGAUGUGGACAUGGCUUUUUUUGAGCCCAAAAUGAAAGACAUACUUGAGCAAAACUGUACCAGUGACAAUGACUGCAACUUCUUCGACUGCAUUUCCAAGUGUGACAGAAGUAAAAACAGAUGUGGGUCAAAACGCAAAAACAGCAACCUUCAGGUGAUCUGUGAGAAGAUCUUCAGGCCUUGGUUUUCUCCCACGCUACUCGGUGCGAAAGCAGGGCUCCCCCUACAGGUGGAGCUGCAGCGAGCCGUGCAGGAGUGCGCAGAGACAGACGGAAGGGAAAAAGGUGAGCGCAGGCAGGCGGUACGACAGCAGCUACAGGCUCUCCUCAUGGAGCUCAUUCAAGAGGACACAGGAAACCAGGGUGAAGGCCAGGAACACAAGAUGAGACGCGUCCAUACGGCACUCAACUUCUAAACCAACAUGGGACCUUCAAAAUAGCUAUUAAAAAAACUAAUUUAGUCAUGUGCAAUGCUGGAGAACUUUUCUGAUGUCUAUUUCUAGUUACGACUAACAGCCUUUGAAACAUUACCAUAGCUGAUGAUAAUCUUCAAAAGGACUAUUUGAAGUGUUCACCCCCAAAUAAAACAUUUACUUCUUCACGUGAUUACAACUGAUUACAGUGUGAAUUUUGCUACAGAAGGUUGAAAGUUCUGCUGCUAAAAUUGGUCUGCUUACAAAAUUCAAAUCAUUGCCAUGCCCACUAUGGCUAAAGCUGGAAGUGUUGUUAUGCUGUUUUCAGUUAAAAUGUCUACAAGGUGGUGACAAAAGCAAGAGGCAAGAGUCAGUAAAAGUUUUAUUUUAGAGUGAAAAUGCUCCGCUUCAUACUCUCCAUUGUUUACAAGAACACUAUUGAUUCCACUGGACCAGAACCCAUGUCUCAAAUAUUGCUUACACACUAUCAGUAACGCCACAAACAUGUAUGAUGGGCAGGGAUGUAGUGGCCAUUUGGAGCAUCUGGAAUUUUCCCAGUGGGCCAAUCUAGUAGUGGGCUAGUCGAUGUAUGUUCGCAUUUUGCGUACAUUUUUCCCACGUGUUUGACUAAAAGUUGUCCCACUCUUAUUAAUUAAAUGCAGCUAUUUACUUCUGCACAUAGGAAAUAUCAAAUACUGCAAAAGUGUGAUGAAACAGCGAAACCUGAUUAAGCCGCGCAGCACAUCCACUGGCCGCAGUGUGAGAUCAGAGUGGGACCAGCCCACUCUUCAGUGCUUUAAAGGCUCUGUACAAAGUUCACUGAAACCAGAUUAAACAGCCCCAACAUUGUAAACAGAAGUGAGGAGGUAAACAGGAAAACAUUGUGUCAAUCACAAUGGUAAUUACAGGCUUUUCAAUUCACACGUCACCAUUCUUAUUACAUGGCAGUUAGUAACACUAACUGUAGAAACUAUGGUGUCUUGGCAGUACUACUGCAUUUAUAAGAAGUGUUACUAUCAUUAUAAUUAUAUUUAAUAUUGUAUAUUAGGGGAAUAUAUGUCACUUUUAUGACUGUUGUUUUUUUUUAUUAUUAUUUUAUAUAGUCUCUUCGUGGAUUUGUUUUUUAUUAUUUUUCAUUGCAAACUCCAUUGUUUGUUUUUAGAAACCAUAAUUAAAAUCUGGUCAUAAUCAUGGUUUUACCUGUGAUUACCAUUGAACCCUGUUAAACUCUGCAUACUAUGCAAGAACUGUGGUAAAUUUGCAUUAGGGCAAGUACAAUGGAGACUUUAACAAGAGAUUUAAAGCCUGAUCCCCCAUUUGUAAAAGGACGAAGCUAUGAGUUUUUCCUCUUUUUUAAAUAUGUUCAGUUCUAAUUAACUUAUUUAAUAAUUAAGAGCCUGAUAAAAAAAUCUAUAUUAGUUAAGACAUCCUACUGUCAGAAUGUUUAAACAGAUAAAUUAGGUGUUAAUUCACUUUUUUUACAAAUUUUAUUGUUGUUAAUAUCAGUAAAUUCAAAUCUGAAUUCCAACUCAAUGGUUUACUGUCAAAUGUGCAUUUCUAUGUGACAAAAAAUAUCCAACGUCAGACAGCUAAAUGAUCGUGGGGGAACUCGUGUGCCGAUUGUUUUGUCCCCGUCCAGCUCUGCUGAUGGGGGAUGCUGGUUGUCAGUAAUUUGGCAGAAUGGGGUCGAUUUCAGAGUAUAUAAACAUUUGGAAGCAUCAUGUCGAUUUCCUGAGUGAUCAUUUUGUGUUGUACCAACCAUGACUAUUUCAUCUGUAGAAUAUUUUUAAUAAUAUUCACACUACUCUUUCCCAUAUAACAUAUCAAACCUGCCGAAAUAUGCACCAGGUUUGAAAAUGCACAUUCAUUCAUUCAGUGCAGUUUUUUAAUUUUUGGGUGAACUAACCCUUUCACAUUGGCUAUAGUGGUUAAGAACACUCACAGUAAGGGUGUUGAUAUGCCUCUUGCUGUUAUGUAAGAAUAAGGCUCUCAAGGAAACUCAUCUCAGCUAAUGUAUCCAUUUUAUUUGCUGGAGAAAAGAAAUGUCUACCUGUUUUUGUAUAAGCAUUUCAAUAAACCAUGGCUCAG